AUGUCCGUCCGCAUAGUCCUCGACGAUCCACACACCUUCUACACCAACCUCGACUUCAUCAGCGGCCGAAUAGUGCUCAAUCUCACCAGCGAUGAGAACAUAUCCGCGAUUGUGGUGAAGCUCGAGGGCGAGAGUAGGACCGUGUUGAUGCGGCCGAUGAAUGUCCCGAAUCCGCAGCUAUAUGCCCAGAGACAGAGGAGGGAGGGAAUUGCCACGGAGAAUCACAAGAUACUGUAUAAGGUUGCGCAGGUGUUCCCGACUCAGGCGCAGGGCAUUACGGGGAUGGGGCAGGCAUUUACGCUGAGGGCGGGGAAGCAUGAGUAUCCAUUUAGGAUAAAGAUUCCUUUCAAUAAUGGUUGUAUGGAACCACAAGCCCAACAGCAGAUGGGACUCGGAGGGUUCGGGUUGAGUGGUUUACAGCAAAUGCAAUACAGACAUGUCAAGAGGACAUUGCCGCCUUCUCUCACCGGAUUCCCCGGAGAAGCAGAAAUCAGAUAUUAUGUUAAAGUUACGGUUCAGAGACCGUCAAUUUUCAAGGAGAAUAGGAGAUCAGCUAUUGGAUUCCGGUUUAUGCCUAUCGAGCCACCCAGACCGCCAAAGACCACUAAUGAAUCGUAUGCGAGACGACCAUUUCAGUUUACAGCGGGAUUGGCCCCAUAUGCGAAGAAAUCUUCCAUGUUCAAGAAGAAGUCAGCGCAGUUAUCAGAUACUGCACCACAAGGAGAGGUGGAUGCUAGAUUACCCAGUCCAGCUAUCCUGACGUGUAAUGAGCCGCUGCCAUUACGACUGCUUGUGAGAAAGCUUAAUGAGAGUGCGGAACAGGUAUUCUUAAUGUCUCUACAAGUACAGCUAUUCGGGCAAACAGAAGUUAGAGCAAUGGACAUCUCGAGAACGGAAACAAGUACGUGGGUAUUAAUGAGUUUGGCCGGCUUGUCAUUGCCGAUUGGCAGUCCAACGGAUGUAUUACGAACAGAAAGUCUCGUCGAUAGCAAGUUAUGGGAUAGGAUACCACUGCCAAACACAGUAGCUCCCUCGUUUCAUACUUGUAACCUGACGAGGAGUUAUGAGCUUGAAGUAAGGGUUGGGCUGGGUUACGGCGUGCCGGGGCAAAUCCAGCCUCAAACCAUCACCCUCCCGCUUCGCUUCCAGGUCGAAAUCUUCUCCGGAAUCCACCCACCCGCCGCCCUCCUAGACGCCAUAGCAAACUCCCCUCCCCCUACAAUACCCAACCGGCCGAACGCCACGCCCGUCCGGCCACAAGACCCCGCCUACCCACCACAACUCGGCACACCCGGCGCGCCAGCUAUCGACGACGUACCGCCCAGCUAUGAAGAUGCCAUGGCUGAGGAUAUGACUCCGGCUGAUGGGCCACGGAGAGAGUUCAGUGGUGUCACGGAUGUCAAUGCCCCAAAUCUGGAUGAGAAGGUUGCUGCUCCGAAGUAUAGUGCACAGCAGGGGAGUCCGGGGCCGGGUCCCGGGGGACCGAGUAAUACUGGGAAUGGAGGGUUCGGGGCUGUUGUAUGA